AUGUUGCGGCGGCACCUCGUAUCCUUCCGACUUGGCAUCGGCGUUGGUGUUGGCAGUAACAAAACCCUUUCAUGUUCCACAUCACUCUUUUACGCGCAGCGUGGGGUGUUUGCGGACAAGGCACGUGCCGGCAUGAUCAUUGCGAUCGACAAGCGUUACUAUCGAGUUCUGGCCAACACACGCUCGCAGAAGGGGCAAAAUGCCGCCUCUUUCAACAUCAAACUUGUUGAAGUAGGUACGGGGCGCAAGAAGGAAGUGACGGCAGGACAGGGGCAUGACUUUGCACAGGUGCGGGCGGAGCGGGUGCGACUCCUGUUUAGUGGGUUUGAUGAUGACGAUAUGGCAUGUUUUGUGUACCCAGAGCACGCCUCAGAUGCGGGAAAGGAAGUGAACAUCCCUGGCGACUCUCUGCCAGAUGUGCAGCAGAAGUUUCUUUGCUGUGGCAUGCCUGUUGACAUUCUACACAUCAUCCCUGACGAUGAGGACUCGUCUGACGCAAAGGAUAUCUGGGCAGAGGUGGUGAUGCCGUCUAGUUACAACUACACGGUCGAGAAGAUUUCUUUAAAGGGGAUGUACAAGAUGGCGUCAUUCAAGGAGUGUGAUGGCGUUGUUAGCGUCAAUGACUCUGUGCAGAUAAACGACAAGGUGAAGGUGACAAUCAAGCCAGACGGCACAGUAGCGUUUGGUGGUCGGGCAUCCUGA